UCUCACAGCCGAAGUGCCCCCCCUUGAAAGACGGGCGCCUCGUGGGCCGGGCAUUCAUGAGAGAAUCCCGCUUGGGAAAAAAGAGUUGCCGACCAUCCCUUUAAAUAUACGGACCUUCUGGCAAUCUGGCUAUGCACGCCGCCAGGCUUGGACGCGUGGCUACCGCUAUGAUCGCUACCGCCGUCGCCCGAGUCGGUGUCACCUCCCCCUUCUCGGCCACCGCGUCCAGCUCGUCCUCCCCGUCGGGCUUGAGGAUGCCAUCCAUUGAGCAGGGGGAUGAGAGGGAGGAGGAGGAGGAGGAGGAGGAGGAGGAGGAGGAUGAAAAAGGGGACGAGGAGGAGCAAGAGAAACAAGAGGAGCAAUAAUCGUCGGACGCCCGGCCAGGGGGCAAGCACGGCGGGCCGGGCGGGAACUCGAGCCGGCUCGGCGGCGCCCGUGGCAGGGGAGCCGUGCGCGGCAGGGGUAGGGUGACCGGAGGAGGGGGAUAAGGUAGACGAGGAGGUUCACUGUCC